UGAAACCAGGCCCAGUCGUUUCAUCUGUCAAAUAUUUUCACUUCAUGGCAUGAUAUGAUUGAAAAUUCUGUCGCUGAUAUCAGUUCUCCUAGUGGUUCGCGACGUGGCGCAGCAUAAAGUGGAACAGAAAAUAAAAGUAGUGUUUUUAUUGCAAACAUGAAUCUUCCCCCCGGCCCUUGCAAGGAAAAUGCUACCGCCAAACGAGCAUAUCGCUUCUCGGAAGUUGCAGGAAAACACGUGCUAACCACUGACGCUGGAUGGUCCUGCAACAUUGAACCGGACGUCGAAUGUAGCUACAUGCAAAGGACUAAACUGGAUCUACAGAAUUUUAUUCGGCAUUUUCGAUCCCUGCACACCGAGAGGGCGAAGGCCCUCGGUUUGUUGUUGGAGCAAGAGCCCUCGGCUAAGAAACCAAGAGUCGUCCCAAAGCGGCCUAUUCCGAUCGAUCAACAAAUGUUGGUCGAAGCAGCAACGAAGCUCGUAGCCCUUCAUAACCUCCCAGUUUCGUGUGUCGAAUGGGAGGGAAUGAAUGUGUUACUCGAUCCGAUAAAGGCAGCUCUUGGGGUCACUUUGGAUACCAGAGCCCUGAAGUGCUACCUAGCAAAGGCAGCAGAAUUGGUGAGGCAAGAGAUUGCCACUGAAAUGAAAGAAAAACUUGUAUCUCUCAAAAUCGAUUCGGCAAGCCGUCAUAAUCGCCACGUACUGGCCAUAUUAGCCCAGUAUGAUCUAAAUGGCGAGGUGGUCAUCCGGACCCUAGGAAUAAUUGAAGUCAAAGUGCGUCAAACUGCUGCGUUCCUAAAAACCAAAAUUUUGCAAGUUAUACAGGAGUAUAAUUUAACACUCACGCACGUGUGGAGCGUCACCUGUGACAAUGGGGCGAACAUGCUCGCCGCUGUGAAACAGCUUAAGUUGGAGCUGGAGAAACAACACCAGAGCAAUCUGCACGCCGAUGAUGAUGAUAAUUCCGAUUACACAGAUCAGGACGCGGAACAUGAUAUGGCGGAGCAUCAACUUACUGCUGCUUUAGGAGAGGAGUUGCGCGAGAGCCUAAACCUUAUCCGCUGCGCAGUCCAUACACUACAGCUAGCGAUUCUAGACGUAGUGAGCAAGUCACACGAAGCAGUUAAGCUACUAACUGAGACUGCCAAGAAAUGCAGAUCGGUUAAGUACACCAGCGCCUUUGAGCUGCAGAAGGCACGAUAUCCUCCCGUUUGGGGACAAACCCGUUGGUGCGGUAUUUAUUCGAUGGUGUCUUGUUUCCUCGACCAAAAAUCGUUUUUCGAGAAACUGGCAGAGCAGUUCCCUGAGAUGGAUCUUUCGGGAAGCUGGGACUUUACGAGACAAUAUGCAGAGGCAUUCAAACCUCUUUUUAUAUGCACCAAAAACAUGCAAUCGAAGCAUAUUUCGCUGAGUGAAUUUUAUCUUCAAAGGAUGAUUACUAUCCAAAAAGUAAAGAAGAUGGAAACAAACCCAUUCUCAGCACCACUUGUCGAAUCACUGAAUAAACGAUUGACAAGUCUGCGAACAUCUCGCGCAUUUAAGAUCGCACUCUAUCUUGACCCCAGACUUAAUUUCGCGGGUUCCAAGUUGUUCACCAGUGAAGAGAAAGAAGAAAUUCAGUCGUACAUCGUUGAAACCUGGAACAGAAUUCAUCAACUUCAAUCUCCGGUGGCGAAACCAUCAGACGUUCAGCAGCUAAUCAACCAAGACAAAGGUGAAGAUGAGAAUGACGUGUUACUUACAGAGCUUUUCGGGGGCACCGCGGAAUCCUCUUUUUUGGAAGACAAUAACUUCAACCAGCAGCUCAAGGCGAUAGAAGUUGAGCCAAGGCGAACAUAUAACUUUGACGUGUGGAAUAUUUGGGUUGACCGCAAGUGUACACAUCCUGAAUUGAGUGCUGUAGCUGCGGUGGUGUUAGCUACACCGUCUAACCAAGUGUCGGUUGAGAGGGCAUUCAGUGCUUUAGCAUUGGUGCUCACCAACAACCGAUCAACUCUUGGUGAGGAUACACUAUCAAAUAUCCUGAUUAUUAAGUUAAACAAACCGUUAUUUGACAAAAUUAUUCCCAAGCUAUGCGACGCAGCCAAGGAGCAAAUACUUGAAUUAAAAUGA